AUGAACGCAGUGCGCUCGCCGUACACUCGCACAGCAUGGUACAACAGUGCCGUGCGGAUGGAGGUUGGCAAGGACCAUGUUUUUAGCCAACUCAACGAGGCUCAGCACACGAAGCGGCGCCAACAGAUGGCGUCGGGGUACUCAGGCAAAGAGAAUUGGUCCCUGGAAUCUGACAUGGACGAACACAUACACCAGCUUCUGGACCUGAUCAGAUCAAAGUAUCUUUCGACUGCUACGCGGCACGAGCCGGUGGAUCUCGCCAGUAAGAUUCAGUAUCUUACUCUCGACGUGAUCAGCAAAAUCGGCUUCGGUAAAGCGUUUGGGGACAUCAAAGCCGAUGCUGACCUCGACGAUUAUAUAAGCGCUGGUCGAGUCGGAUUGGCAAUUAUGGUCUUCACCGGGGCCCUUGGACUGACACCUUACCUCCACUGGCCGCCCAUCGCGCGCAUGCUCGGGCCCUCAGACAAGGACAAGAGCGGUUAUGGAAAGAUGAGAACGGUAGCUCGGGAACUCAUCGAUUCGCGUCUGGAGAAGCCCACCAAUAGUCGCUCGGACAUGCUUUCGUCGUUCAUACGCCACGGAUUGACACGCGACGAUAUCGUGACUGAGUCGAUGCUCACCAUUCUAGCAGGGUCUGACACGACUGCGACUGCUAUACGUGGAACGAUGCUCUACCUGAUGACCAGCCAUAGGGCGUACAAAAAGCUGCAGGCCGAGAUUGAUGAUGCAGUUACUUCAGGUCAUGCUGCUACAUCGUCCGGUAUUGUGUCUGACGAGACGAUGAAGACCCUGCCAUACCUACAAGCCGUAAUGCGUGAAGGGCUUCGAAUUCACCCACCUGUCACUGAUAUCGCUCCGAAGAAGGUACCCGUCGAAGGCGACAAUGUCACAAUCAACGGUAAAGCGUAUUUCCUUCCUGGCGGUACCAACAUUGGGUAUAACGUAAUGGGCCUCAAUCGAAACAAGGAGAUAUUUGGUGAAGAUGUCGACUGCUUCAGACCGGAACGUUGGCUACUCGAUGAGCACCACGACAUCCAGCUUGAGCGCUUGAACGCUAUGCGCCGUACUACAGACAUGAUCUUCGGGUAUGGCAAGUACCAGUGUCUCGGGAAGCCUAUAGCAUGGUUGGAGAUGAGGAAGGUCAUCUUCGAGGCUGGCAUAUACCAAGGACGUUUCCUGCAGGAAUUCGACCAAGACCUAUUCUUAGGUGUCAAGUAUGCUCCAACGCCAGUGAGAUUCGCUCCCGCUCAAUUAGCACCGGAUUCACCUAUAACAUACCACAAUGCCACGCAGUACGGUGUUGACUGCACAGGAUAUGGUGGAGACACAAACACCCUGGUUGCCGCAAAUUGGACAAAACUAGGAGAAGACUGUCUACACCUAAACAUCGUCAAACCAAGGACAAAUGAGACACAUCUCCCGAUAUUGCUAUGGAUCUACGGAGGCGGAUGGCAGCAGGGUGCUACUAGUGAUCCAAGAUACAACAUGAGCUACAUUGUUCAGCAAUCAGUACUCAACAACAAGCCCGUCAUUGGCAUCUCGAUCAAUUACCGCAUGGCAGCAUUUGGCUUCUUGUACAGUGAAGAAGUUGAGGCCGCCGGCGCACAGAAUCUAGGACUUCGCGACCAACGACUCGCGAUGCAGUGGGUGAACAAGCACAUAUCAUCCUUCGGUGGUGAUCCUAAAAAGGUCACAAUCUGGGGUGAAUCAGCGGGCGCAUACUCCGUUGGUGACCACAUCGCUGCACAUAACGGCGAUAACGAAGGCCUGUUUCGCGCGGCUAUCCUAGAAAGCGGUAAUGCUGUUGGUGCACCACUCAAUGGCACCGACUGGUACCAGCACAUGUACGACAAUCUGACUGAGUCGGUCGGCUGCUCAGGUGCCGAGGAUACGCUCCAGUGUCUUCGUGACGUACCCUACGAGACCAUCGCACCAUAUGGCUACCAAGGUCUUGAAUGGUUCCACGUCAUCGACGGUAGCCUGAUACCUCGAUACGGUCAACAAUCAUUGCAAGAAGGCAAGUUUGCGAAGAUACCCCUCAUACUUGGCACCAAUACCGACGAAGGCUUUGGUGUGAACGGGGUGAACAGCGACUCCGACGCUAUCAAUCAACUCGUACACUCCAAACGCUGGAACGUCAACGAGACUGUCGCUGAGAAGCUUCUCGAGCUGUACCCGAACGACCCUGUACUUGGCGAGCCAUACGGCUGGGGCAAUCGCACAUGGCCACAGUAUGGUCUGCAGUACAAAAGGUACCAAAGUAUCGCAACUGAUCUGACCAUGUAUGCCCCUCGGAGAUUGCUCGCGCAAAGCAUGAGCGAGCAUGUCGAUCACGUCUACUCGUAUCGAUGGGAUGCGCCCAAGUUCAACAACACACCGGAAACAAUCGGCGUCAAUCACUUCUCCGAGAUACCCUUCGUCUUUGGAAACCCAGAACAGCAGCUCACUCCUUUGGGCAACAGCUCCGAAAAUAUUGCAUUGUCAAAGCUAGUGAUGCGCAUGUGGACGUCUUUCGCGUACGAUCUUGAUCCUAAUGGUCAUGGAGUAUCCCAAGCUCCCGAAUGGCCGAGCUACGCCACCAAUGCGACCAACUUUGUCUUCCGAAAAGACCAAAGUUAUAUCGAGGAUGACGAUGAUAGAGUUGAAGGUGUUGCUUACAUCAACAGCUUAGUGCGAUGA